GCCUUACAGGCCUUAUUUUUGGAAACUCGCGUAUUCAACAACGGUGUCAGUCGUACAAUCAGAACAUGCCUUCCUUCAGCAACCUCAUCAAGAAGGUAUUUCCAGCUGUUAUAUGCAGUCAUAAGGAAGUGUAAGGUCAAGGCUGUAUCUAUUUGGCAAAAAAAGGAGUAUGGAUCUACUCGAAGUAUUGUUCGUAGACUUGGGACAAUCCUUUCCUUAGAGCUCUACCCAAGACCCUAUUUUCAGCUUGUUCAAGACCACAGUCCAUCAAGUAAUGAGGAGCAAAGCACAGCUCCUGUGGCUCCAUCACUUGCUGAUGUCCCGUGGGUAGCAAAUGAUGAGGGACAAGCAUUUACUAGACUUAGGACUGAAUUAUGGAGAAAAGGGAAAAAUACAGCUCAUCGUGAACUACCUCCAGCUGCAGAUUCCAUACAGAGUGUUUCAAAAUCCAGUUUACAAAAAGACAGUCUUGUUGAUCAGGUAGCACUCCAGAAAAUUUCUGCACUUGAAGAUGAGCUAACCUUCCUUCGUGCUCAGCUUGCUGCCAUUGUUUCAGCACAGACACUUGGGAGCCUUCCCUCACAAGCCUGUAAAGCACCCAGUAUCCCAGAUGGGUUUUACCCCGUGCCAGCCAUGACUUCCACGCCAUUGUCCGUCUCUCACGAUCACUUUGUGAUUCCCUCCCCGCCUCCGCUUCCUUGCGGUGCCCCUGCUGGCACUGACACCAGGAAUUCAGCAGCUGAGCUUAUAAAACAACGUCGUGCCGCAAGAGGCAGCGGUUCCACGGCAGCUGAUGGUGCUGCUCACCAGAGGACAAAGAACCUUCCUAGUAUGAUGGAUGUUUUAAAAGACCUAAACAAAGUUCAGCUGCGAGCUGUUGAGAGGUCACCUGGAGGUACUCCUGUUUCUAGACCCAAAAAGAGGCCAAGUUCAGAUUGGGAUCCAGUUGCUCUUCUGACUCAUGCACUAAAACAGAAAUUUGCACAUAGUAAUGACGAUGAAGAUGAUUCAUUGGAGAAAGAAAAUCGAUCUUUUGAUACAUCCCCAUUUUCUAGUCCAGAGAUUCCCCUGGUUGGGUGUUGCAGCCUGAAGCCAAAUGCAAAAUCUACCCUUAUAAGAACUGAUGAAGUUAAACAGGUACCAAUGUGGAAAGCAAGAGCUCAUAUUUAA